UCAUAGUCGCAAGCAUGCAGCUUCUCUUUACUUUCAUCUUCCUUUUCUUAACAUUCAUCCUCAUCAAAUCAAUCAUCAAAAAACUCAAUCAGCACCAACUCCAAUCGAGCAAACAAGCCCCAGGCCCCAAAAACCUCCCCAUCAUCGGCAGUAUUCACCAUCUUCUGGGCCGCCGUCCUCCCCACCGAGCCCUCCGUGACCUCUCCGCCGUCUACGGCCCUAUCAUGCGCCUCAAACUAGGUGAGAUCGGCGCCAUCGUCAUCUCCUCGCCCAAAGCCGCCAAAGAGAUCAUGCAAACCCACGACAUCAUCUUCGCCUCGCGCCCCAUCACCCCCACCAUAGAUGCUCUCCUCUACGGCGGAAAAAACUUAGUCUUUGCUUCAUAUGGGGAGUUCUGGCGCCAGAUGCGUCGACUCUGCAUCAAUGAACUGCUAAGCUCGAAGCGCGUCCACUGUUUUCGUGCCAUAAGAGAGAAGGAGAUCUCUUAUCUCAUCCAAUCUAUUAACGCAGCAGCCUCCGACGGCGCCCUCAUCAACCUACGCAGCGAGUUUGCCAACCUCACCAACAACAUCAUGGCAAUCUCUGUUGUCGGCGGACGAUGCGAGGACCAGAAGGCCUUCCUAUCAACAAUCAAUGAAGUCUUAGAGUUGCUUUCGGGCUUCUCAUUGAUCGAUCUAUUCCCCUCGAUGCCCAAAUUCAUCGCCCGCAUCGCUGGUUUUCCACAGAAGCUGGAGCGAUGCUGGUUGAAGUUGGACGGAAUACUGGAAAAAAUUGUUCAAGAACACAAUGUGAACAGUGCAAAAGAUUCCAUGGAAGAGGAGGAUCUCACCGACGUUCUCCUCAGAAUCCAACGGGAUGGCAGCCUCCAAAUCCCUCUCUCCAACGAUCACAUCAAGGCCGUCAUUAACGAUAUGCUCAUGGCUGGAAGCGAAACGACGGCGACUACCUUAGAGUGGGCAAUUUCAGAGUUGGUUUGCAACCCACACAUCAUGAAGAAGGCACAAAAGGAAGUGAGAGAGGCGUUCGGCAACGACAUGAGAAAGAUCAUAGGAGACGAGAAGUUGAUUAGUGGCAAACUUAGCUACUUACAACUCGUGAUAAAGGAGACGCUAAGGCUGCACACUCCGGUGCCCUUGCUGCUACCAAGGGAGAAUAAAGAGAGGUGCGAGGUGAUGGGCUAUGAAAUUCCUGCAAGGACAACAGUGAUGGUGAACGCGUGGGCUAUAGGAAGGGAUCCUAAAUACUGGGAAGAACCGGAGGUCUUUCGGCCGGAGAGAUUUGAGGAGAACAAUAUUGACAUGAAGGGAGCUCACUUUGAGAUGAUACCUUUUGGUGCUGGGAGGAGAAUUUGCCCAGGUAUGCAUUUCGGAUUGGCAACAGUUGAGAUGGCUCUCGCACAUUUACUGUACUAUUUUGAUUGGGAGAAUCCAGCUAAGAAUGGAGAGGAGCUUGACAUGAGCGAAGCUUUUGGAAUUGCAAUGAGGAGGCAGUCACCUCUUUGUUUGUUGGCCACUUGUUGUGCUUCACUCCCUAAGGUUAGAGAGUAACUUUGCCGAGACAGAAUAAGUAUUGUACUUAAUUAUCCUAUGUUGUA